UCGGGUCCCGGCAGCAGCUGCAGCGGCUCCAAUCUUCUCAGCCUCUCUUUGCCAUACUCUUCUCUCUUCCGGAAACAUGGCCUCUGGUGUGGCUGUCUCCGAUGGUGUCAUCAAGAUGUUCAAUGACAUGAAGGUGCGCAAAUCCUCGACACCGGAGGAGGUCAAGAAGCGCAAGAAGGCUGUGCUUUUCUGCCUGAGCGAGGACAAGAAGAACAUCAUCCUCGAGGAGGGCAAGGCGAUCCUGGUUGGGGAUGUGGGCCAGACUGUGGACAACCCCUACGCCACCUUUGUCAAGAUGCUGCCUGACAAGGACUGCCGCUAUGCUCUGUAUGAUGCCACCUACGAGACCAAGGAGAGCAAGGAGGAGGACCUGGCGUUCAUCUUCUGGGCCCCCGAGUGUGCACCCCUUAAGAGCAAAAUGAUCUACGCCAGCUCCAGGGAUGCCAUCAAGAAGAAGCUGACGGGAAUCAAACACGAAUUACAAGCAAACUGCUACAAGGAGGUUAAGGACCACUGAACCCUGGCCGAGAAGCUGGGGGGCAGCGCCGUCAUCUCCCUGGAGGGCAAGCCCUUGUGAGCCCCCUCCACCCCUGCCAGGAGCAUUCGGCAGCCCCAGACCUGCCCGCGGGGGCUGCAGGCUGCCCCAUUCCUGCCAGACCGGAGAGACUGGGGGGACCCCAGCAGGGGGAGGGCAAUCCC